AUGUUUUCCAGUGCUCGCAUUACACUUCCCAAUGGGCGUAGCUAUGACCAGCCCACGUCACUGUUUAUCAACAAUGAGUUCGUGACUGGCUCUGGGUCGACAAUCACGGUGCUCAACCCUGCAACCGAAGAUACAGUUCUUGAAUUUCCUGGAGCGAGUCCUGCUGAUAUUGACAGGGCUGUUGUCUCUGCACGAGCUGCCUUUGAAGGCCCGUGGUCGGAGCUCGCCGCGGUGGAUCGCGGUCAAUACCUGUUCAAGCUGGCCGAGUUGAUUCAACGCGACCGUGAGCUUCUGGCUGCUAUCGACACUCUGGACAACGGCAAACCCUUCAGUGCAGCGUUGGAGGAGGAUCUCGAGGAAUCAUACCAAGUGUUCAAGUACUACGCUGGUGCGGCGGACAAGAUCAGCGGCGACACCAUCGAGACAUCGCCGGCCAAACUGGCGUAUGUACUGCGUGAGCCUCUCGGUGUCUGCGGUCAAAUCAUCCCCUGGAACUAUCCCUUCAUGAUGUUAGCUUGGAAGAUCGCGCCUGCUCUGGCCUGCGGAAACACCGUCGUGCUUAAGCCAGCCGAGCAGACACCGCUUUCGGCCAUGUACUUUGGCAAUCUCGUCAAAGAGGCUGGUCUUCCUGCCGGGGUUGUUAACAUCGUCCCUGGACUGGGAGCUGAGGCUGGCAAGCCUCUAGCUGAGCAUACAGACGUCGACAAGAUCGCGUUUACAGGCAGUACCAACACCGGUCGGGCUAUCAUGCGCUCUGCGGCCACCAAUCUAAAGAACAUUACGCUGGAAUGCGGUGGGAAAAGCCCCAGUAUUGUAUUUGCUGACGCCGAACUCGAUCAGGCCGUCAAGUGGACUCAUAUGGGGAUCAUGGGGAACCAGGGCGAGAUCUGCACAACGACAAGCCGAAUCUACGUCCACGAAGAUAUCUACGAUGAGUUCCUGCGCAGGUUCGUCGCCGAGGCCAAAUCGCAAAAGAUCGGCGACCCCUUUGCUCAGGAUACAACAGAGGGAGCCAUCAUCUCCAAGGCCCAGUACGACAAGAUCCUCAACUAUAUCGAGCAGGGCAAGAAGAGCGGAGCCAGACUCUUAGCAGGGGGUGUCCGUCACGGCUCGAAGGGAUACUUUAUUGAGCCCACCGUAUUUGCAGAUACAACCGAGGACAUGACUAUAGUCCGCGAAGAGAUAUUCGGACCAGUCGUCGCUAUAUCCAAAUUCAAGACGCAGCAGGAAGCCAUCCAAAAGGCCAACAAUACCUCCUACGGCCUGGCAGCAGCCGUGUUUACGGAAAAGGUGGACAGGGCACAUAUUGUGGCUCGGAAGCUGCAGGCAGGGAUGGUCUGGAUCAACUCAUCGCAGGAUUCGCACUUUGGCAUUCCAUUUGGCGGCUACAAAUCGUCAGGGAUUGGUCGUGAGUUGGGGAAAUAUGCCCUUGAUGCGUAUACUCAGGCGAAGGCUGUCCAUGUCAAUCUCGGCUCGAGGCUGUAA